CAGUAUCCCCAAGCAACAACAGAUACUUGCAAGGAAAGAUGCUGAUUGCAUUGGUGAUCUUUGCAGUUGUGUUUAUAACUUUUCUUCUGUUUGUAAUUUUAUAUAUUUACCCAAGUGCCACUCGGGAUACUACAGUGCCAGGGCCUCCUCCAUCAAGUUCCAGCGAUGGUAACCUGACGGACCUGGAGCUGGCCGGCGGUCUGGGCGAGUACCUGCGCGAGCUGCAUGCCCAGUACGGACCGCUGGUCUCGUUCCACCUCGGGUCGCAGCUGGUCAUCAGUUUUGGCUCGGCGGCGCUACUGGAGCAGCACAGUGGCGCCGCCCAGCGGCCAGACAUGUACCUCGAGUUCCUGCGGCCGCUGCUGGGCCGGGAGAGUAUCGUCUGGGCAGACGCCGCUGAGACGGCCCGCCGCUGGCGGCUCUACCAGCAGGGUUUCAGCGAAGAGUGCCGCGCCGUCUACCGAGAGGCCGCCGCGGAGGCGGCCGGCCGGGUAUCGGAGAAGCUGCGCUCCCUGUCGACCGGAGAGCACAUCUCACUCCAGCAGUACACCACGGCUCUGGCUCUGCACGUCAUGGCCCGCUGCUGCUUCGGACACCAUAUGGACGACGAACAGAGCAUGCUCAACUUCGCACAGGAGUAUGAGAUUGUGACGGCUGAGGUGACGAGCGAGGCGUGCGGCCGUCAGCUGUACGAGAGCCAACAGGAUCACAUGAGAGAGGCGGCGGCCGCUCUGCGCGACGUGGCCGGCGCCAUCGUGCGCAAACACCGCAAGGAGAACAAAUCGACGGUCUCCCUCGUGGAGUGGGUGUCGCUGUCCACGCAGGCCGGCCGCGGCGCCGCCGGUGACUCGGACGCUCCGGUCAGUGACCUGCUGGCCCUGUUCCUGUUCUUCUGCGAGACGCUCUCGAGCGGCCUGUGCUGGACGCUGCAGCAGCUGGCGCGCCACCAGACGGUGCAGGAUGACGUGGUGGCUCAGCUGACGGGAGAGAGAACCGAUGACGGCCUGGUGGGCCGCGUGCUCCGCGAGUCGUGGCGCCUCGGCUCUGUGGUGCCUCUGACGGCUCGCUGCUACGGUACUCCGGCGGCUGUGGAGGGACACACUCUCCCGGCGCACACCCCGAUCAUCAGCGCCUACUGUGUCUCGCACACUGGAGACGGCUGGAAACAGCCCAACAAGUUUGACCCCGCUCGGUUUAAGGGUGACACACCGGCGCUCGAGAUGAACCCGCUGCCAUUCCUCUCCAAAAAUGACGACAUCGACUGUGUUAUCAGCACGUAUGAAGAUCUGGCGACGGAGGUGCUGCGGCAGCUGCUGCCGUCCACCCAGCUGGAGCUGCUGCCGGACCAGAGUGACGAGCAGCUCAUCACGCUGGUCACCACACCCCGGGAGGACGUGUGGGUGGCCGUCAGCCCCCGCGCCGCCGCCCAGUGACGUCAUACUGCAGAGGUACUGUGACGUCACCACACCACGGGAGGACGUUUGGGUGGCCGUCAGCCCCCGCGCCGCCGCCGAGUGACGUCACACCACUGAGAGGUACUGUGACGUCAUCAGUCAGUUCCCGAACCGCGGAAUCAUGUCAUUGUGACGCGUUUCUGAUCCGUCGCCGCGUUACGGUAGCCGUGUGAGGGGCACGUCGGUCGUAUGAAUCGUGGGAAGGUAGAGUACAGACAUUAGUACUGCACGGCGAACGAACUGGCUGAUCGGGACGGCCGAGCUGGCGGACCGCGCAGGUCUCUGAUGGCCCCACUGAAUUGGAGUCUUAAAGUGAGCGAGACUGAUGACUCCAUGACUGGAUUGGCUACUUGCAGUGAGCUGGGACUGGACCUGUCGGGGCGGGGUGUGGGGAAGCAGUGUAAUGGGUUGACUGGGACUGGGACUGAGACUGAUACAGACCGCACUGACUGGGUUCGGUGCCGGGCCGGUCGUGGGUACCUGUGCGUGCUUCCCUGCUGGGAGGACAGCCUGUGGGGAGAGAACAUAAAACCGGCACGAUCACAGGGUCCCUAAAAUGUGCUGCGUUUGUGUUCCAAGCCAGAUAGAGCGCAGUGCUGAAGGAGAGCUUUGAAGGUCUUCUAUUUUUCCACGUUUGUUGUUGGUUUGCGUUUAUUUUUGCUGUGUAGCCUGCACCCUAAAGAUGCGUUGCUUAUGGCUUAGUGAUCAUGCGUUUGAAACGCUCCAGUUAGUUGCAGUUAUGCUUUUAUAAGCCUGGUUUGUAACAUAUUGCAUAUUUUUGUGACGAACAUUUAAAAUAAAGUGCUGUGAGUU